AUGCGACUGAGUAUCUCAUUGGUCUUGACUUGCGGCGCCUUUUUGACGUCUGCGUAUCCUCGCCCACAUCGCCUCUUCUCGCGAUUGAUCGUGUUUGGCGACAGCUUCAGCGACAAUGGCAAUGGGGCGUGGGUCGCAAGCAAUGGAACGUGGCCGGUAGAUCCGGCCUAUUUCAACCACUCUUUCUCAAAUGGCCCUAAAUGGAAUGAUAUUGCUGCCGACGUUCUAGAUCUCGAGCUCAUCAAUCUUGCUACUGGAGGCGCUACCACAGACAACGACUUCGUAGCCGGCGGCACCGGAGCCAGCUCAACAAUCCCAGUCCCUUCUGCCGAUGACCAGAUCACCGCGUUCUUGUCGCGGGAUAAACCAACUGAAACUGACGUCUUCGUCCUUUGGAUCGGGGCCAACGACAUCCUCUUCAACACGAGUAUUACGGGCAUAGAGGUCACCAGUCUGAUCUCAAAGCAUGUGAACAGAUUAUAUCGUGCGGGAAUACAGAAUCUUAUCCUGGCCAAUUACAACAAUGCCACGACCUUUCCGGCGACGUACAACUCGUCCGACUACAAUAUCCCCAGUGUGCAGGCCUUUGCCGGCGAUCUUACCAUCGGACUAAUAGACAUCGCCGCUGGUUACUCGGGUUUCUUCCGAACCGCCUUCGUUGACAUAGGUGCUCUAUUCCUGGACAUCAUGGAACGACCAACCAGGUACAACAUUGACCAGAAAUACGUCGAUCCGCCAACUGCAUGCUUGACGGAGUUCUGCACCAUGACCAUGGCAUCUGGCUUCCACACCACCUCUGACGAGGCCAGCAAAGCUCUCAAAGAAAACAUCACCGGCAGGAUAAUCAUCAUUACGGGCCUAGACAGAGUUGAAGCUGCACGAGUUCGCAAGGCUGCUGGCGAGCUUUCGGCGUAUGUCGAUGCUAUCGAUGCAAUUAUUUGCACCGCGGGAGUCAUGGCUUUGCCGUCGUACCAGAAGUCCAAGAAUGGCAUUGAGGUGCAGUUUGCGGUUAACUAUCUUGGUCACUUUUUGUUCAUCAAUCUUUUGGUCGACAAGCGCCUUGCUGGGGACGCUACCGUGGUCACUUAUACCAGUGAAGCCCACACACGCGCCGACUUGGGCUUCCCAAAUGACCUGACUUACAGUGAGUGCAAGACCUACGAGAAGUGGACUGCAUACAGCAAUUCCAAGGCUUGCGAUAUUUUGCUUUCGGUUGGAUUAGUCGAGAAGUUUGGCAAACGCGGCCUUCGCUCGUUCAGUGUCGACCCCGGCAUCAUCGUCAGCACCUCACUGCCCCGAUCUGUGCCUCAAGAAGACUUUCAGGCCAUGGGGUGGGUUGAUGAGAAUGGCAACCUGAACUCUGCUCUCAAGAUCAAGACAUUGGAUGAGGGUGCCGCCACUGGCAUCAUCGCCGCUUUUGAUCGUAGAAUUUCUAGAUACUUUCUCGCUGACGGAGCUCUCACUGAGCGAGGCCUCUUGCCAGCUGCAGUUGAUCCUACCAUAGCGGCAAAGCUGUGGAGUAUUCGUGAGAAGUUGAUCAAGUAA